UGUUUAUAAAUGGCGUCUGUUGAAUCACACGCAAAUGAUGGAGUUAUUACUAAACAAAUGCUCAAGUCCAAAAGUGGAGAGUUUGAUCUUGAAAGUAUUCAUACCAUGUCUUUAAAAGAAAUGGGUAUUUUUGACCUUGGAGUAGUCGGAGAAUGUACUGGACUAGAGAGACUAGACCUAUCUUAUAAUGCACUUACCAGGUUGAAUAAAUUAGCCAGCUUGACUGCGCUUACUAAAUUAAAUCUUUCUGCCAAUAGAUUAACUUCAUUAGAUGGAUUACAAUCACUUGAAAAUUUACAGAGUCUGAAUGUAAGUGGAAAUUUACUUGGAAGUGUAGAUGUUUUAAGAACAGUCAGCAACUUGGAAAAGCUGACAGACCUUCGACUACAAGAUCAAGCUUUAGGUCUCACCAACCCAAUGUGUAACACUAGCUAUACUGAUGAUGUGCUUAUCAUGUUGUCUCAUUUAAUUACACUAGAUGGACAGAGAGUCCGUGGCAAAGGGAGUGAACUGUUUAAACUAUGUAAAGAAAUGGAUUGGGCUCUUAAAAAUUUGCCAUCUUUGCGUAGUUUGGACCUGAAAGACAAUAGCAGUGAAAUAGUCGUGCAACAGUGGGUGGUAGACGUCACACCAAAACGUGACAAAGUGCUGGAUGCUGAAGAACAGCUGACAGCUAUGCUAGCCAGUUGUAAAAAGUUGAAUGAACAAGCUGAACAAGUGCUAGAGGAUAUCAAACUGUCAGAGACAAAUUUAAGUUGAUGUGGGUUGUGUGAAGAUGUUCAGCUUGUGGUAGAUGACUUGUGAUAUAGUACUCAGCACUUGCAUGAUGUAUCUAAUGCUGAGAUUUUGAGAUGAGGUUCUCUUUUCAUUGUUGCUAACACAUUGUCACUCUGUCUGAAUUGUGGAAAGUACUAUGCAUGCUGUACUCAUAGUACUCAUUGUCACCAACGAAACAAAAUGCCUAAACUCACAGGCAACCAGACUCACAAGCAUUCCAGACUUACAGGCAUUCUAAACUGACAGGCAUUCCAGACUCACA